AUGCAGCAGGAGACAGACAAAAGCAGCAAAACUAUGUGGCUGUCUAAUACCUUUGCCCCUUAUAUCCUUGUAGGGGGGUCUGAGACAGCAAAGAGAGAGGUUGCGCUAUUAACAGGUCUCUCUCUUGCUGCUCUCUUCCAGCCCUUCGGCGGGGAUGCGCUGCAGCGGAUUCAAGCAAAGGCAGCAGCAGCAGCAGCAGCAGCAGCACCAGGGCAGCAGCAGCAAGGGGGAGGGCCUCAUGGGGCACCUCUGGGGGCCCCACAAGGGGCCUCCUUGCUGCAGGGAGUAGAAGCAGAAGCUGAAGUUUCUGCAGAGAUGCUAGGACAGCUCAGCGGGUCUCCAGUUGAAGGAGUUAGGGUGCCUCCUGUGUCGCUGCAGCUGCGGCUUGCAUGCGCUUCGGGUGCUGCUGCUGGUGGAAGCAGCAGCAGCAAGAGCAGCAGCAGCAGCAGCAGCGGAGUUAGGCGUGAGUCGCGUCCCUUCUGCGUCAGGUUUCUUAACUUAGAAGAAGCAGAGCCAGUUCCUGCUGCUGCAGUUGAAGCACUCUCUUGCAGCUCGCUGCUGCUGUCUCCCCCUCGUGCUGCAGCACUUAAAGAAAAGAUGCAUGCAAGCAUAUUCAAAGGCCCUCAGCAGAGGAGGCCCCCUUUUCAUUCAGCAGCAUCUGCUGCUGCUGCUGCUGCAGACAGCGCUGCUGCACGUGCAUCAUCACCACGUGCACCUUCACCCGCAGCAGCAGCAGCAGCAGCAGCACCAGCACCAGCAGCAGCAGCAGCAGCAGCAGCAGCAGGAGGGGAGUUACCUUGGUUUGCAGAAUGGCGACGAGUUGUUUUUGAGGGUUUGCGUUUCAACGAGCAUGAAGCAUUAUCUCAGCCAGUAGGGUUUAUCUAUUUCGUCAGUGCAGCAGAAGAAGAUCCUGUUGCUGCUUUAGAUUAUUUGCUGCAGCCUAAGCAUACUCCUCUUCUUUGCAGACAAUAUGUCCUAGACCCUAACCCUGUACGCGCUGUUAUUCUUCUUGAUGUACACCCCGAAGCAUAUGCUGCACGAAUUGCUGCUGGGGGGCCCCCUGGGGGCCCUAUGCAGCACACGCAGACACUGGACCCCCCGCAGCAGCAGCAGCAGCAGCAGCAGCAGCAGCAGGUGUUUGCUGCUGCAGGGGAGGCAGCACCAGGAGGGGCGUCUGCAGCAGCAGCUAGUCCUGUUGCUGCUGCUGCUGCUGCUGCUGCUGCUGCAUCACACGCUCAGAAGGAAGAGGCUUGGGGGUCCCCCGAAGAGAGAGCAGCAAGAACAGCAGAUAUAAUGAAGAAGAUUUGCAGCGUCUUCCCUCCAGCUAACUGUCAUCUCCUUACCCUCGGCCGCGGCUGUACAGACAGACGCCAUCUACAGGUAACUCCAGCAGCAGCAGCAGCAGCAGCAGCAGAUAGAGCAGCAGCAGAUAGAGCAGCAGCAGAUAGAGCAGCUGAACCAGCACUGCUGCCGGCCAUUCGUUUUUUGUAUUAUUCUUCUCUUUCUUUGUCUUUCUCGGAGUCUCUCUCUGGGCAUUUAACUCCAACACUUCUUGCUCAGCCUUGCCCUCCUCACACUCACCCCCCGCUGCAGCAGCAGCAGCAGCAGCAGCAGCAGCAGCAGUUGCAGCAGCUGCAGCACCAGCAGCAGCAGCAGCAGCAGCAGCAGCAGCAGCAGCAGCAGUUGCUGCUGCAGCAGCAGCAGCUGCAGCAGGGGCAGUAUAUCGAUUGCACUGAAGGAGACUCCAGCAGCAGCAGCAGCAGCAGCACCAAUGGAGGCCCCAGCGACGUAGAAGGGAAGAGAAGCAGCGACGGACAGCCUCCGUCUCCUUCGGGGCACUCCCCUGCAUACGUUCUGCAUGCAAUUGAGUGGCAGUAUCGUUUACUGGGGGAUCUCAGUUUAAUCUUCGGGCAGCCUGAGGCAGCGCUUCAGAGUUAUAGGAGUUGUGCUGCAGAUUUUAAACAAGACAAGAGGUGGACGUACUUAGGGGGUGCGUACGAGAUGUGUGCGGCGUCGCUGCAUGCAAUGGGGGGUCAGCGGAGAGAAGUAGAGUCUUACCUAGACCAGGCUUAUGCUGCUUAUCUCAAGGCGGGUGCGGGUCGCUUAGCACUUCGCUGCGUGUUACUGGGGCACCGGUUGCUGAUGGAGGAGUGCAGCAGCAGCAGCAGCAGCGGCAGCGGCUUGUUUGGGGGCAGCAGCGGGACGGGUGGUGGCAGCGGCGGCAGCAGCAGCCUGAGCAGCAGCAGCAGCAGCAGCAGCAGCGGCGCUGCUAGCUUCCUGCAGCUGCCUCAUAUGCUGCACCUCCCCCUUAUAAUUGGUGGUGGGGGCCGCCCAUCUGAUGCCUGUGCAGAGGUAGCAUGCCGAUUGCUUGCUGCUAACUCUGAUCUUCCUUCUCUAGAUGCAGCAGCUUGGCAGCAGCAGCAACAGCAGCAGCAGCAGCAGUAUCAGCAGCAGCAUCUUGAUCAACAGGACCAGCAGCAGCAGCAGGACCAGCAGCCGCACCAGCAACAGCAGCAACAGCAACAGCAACAGCAGCAGCAGCAGCAGCAGCAGGGUGUAUCUGCUAUUCAGGCUCAAAGCCAAGCGAUACGCAGCGCAAUGCUGCUGGAGCAGGCAGCAGUUUGUUUAGAAAGAGGGGGCAGCUCGCAUCAAAGAAAACGAAGCUUUCACUUAGUCAUGGCCGGGCACACCUACUAUAAAGCAGGGUAUAAGCGGUUUGCACUGCGUUGCUACCUCGAGGUGUUAAACGAAUAUGAAGAGGCGUCCUGGCUAUUUGUUUUGCUGCACUUGCGCUUUAUUAUAGCGAGACAGAGCUGCAGCUUAAGACUAUUAGAAGAAGCUUUGCUGCACUUUGCUGCUCUAUUCAAUGAUAUUGCUGCUCUAGAAGAAUGUCUGUCUGUCAUUGCUGCUGAUCGGCAGCAGCACUACAUGAAGGAGCUUCUCUUCCUCUGCCGCGUGCUGCUGGAGCGACAGCGCCUAGCAGCAAAAGUUGAACCCCCCCUGCAGCAGCAGCAGCAGCAGCAGCAGCAGCAACAGCAGCAAGUGGGGGCAGCAGCGCCUUCGUUGUGCGUCGCCCUCCAGCCUGAACUGCGGCUGCCGCUGCUGCAGCAGCGCGACUCGCUUGGGCUCUUCAGCGGCAGCGUUGGGGUGUAUUUAUUAGGGGAUGCGCUGAUGCAGCAAACAGCGGAGACAGAGCAGCAAGAGGCCUCAUUCCUAUCAGACAAGUCUGCUGCUGCUGCAGCUGCAGCAGCAGCAGCAGCAGGAGCAGCAGGAGAAGAGCCUCUUCCUUCGUUUGUUCAGAUGGGAGAGGCUUGCUGCCGCGGAGUGUCUCCUGAGGGUGUGCAGGAGCUGCAGGUGCAGCAGCAGUUCUUGGGGCGUCUCUAUUUGGAGGCGAGGAAGCAUUUGUUUGCUGCAGAGACAGCAGGAGACAACCAGGCAGACAAUACGCAUCGGCCUCCUUUGCUGUCUCUUCCUGUUGCUGAGGCAUACAGGAGACAAACAGCAGCAGGGCUGCCUGUGACGGUGGAGUUCUGUAUAUUGAAUCCGCUGUCUCUGCAGCUGCAUCUGAGCUGUCUUCGACUCCUAGCAAGGCUGCUGCCUCUGCCAGGAGAAGCUCCUGCUGCUGCUGCUGCUGCUGCUGCUGCUGCUGCAGGGAGACAGGAAGGGCCCGAGAUGGGGGUUCUCGUCUCCCAGGUGAACGUACACCUCAAACCUGGAGGCAGCGCCAUCAUGCAGCUGACAGCAACGCCCCUAAAGCCAGGCAUUCUAUGUAUAGAAGGUGUGGAGUGUGAGUUGUUUGGGUUGGUGAGGGCUCGUCAGUAUUUUUUUCUUCACGGCGAUCGGUGUUUGUCGCACGGGUUCGAUACGCGGCAUUUAUUAUUGCUGGAUAUAGAUGAAGGAGACAAUGGUUUGCUGCAGCAAGGAGACAGCGGUUUGCUGCAGCAAGGAGACAGCUCCUGCACGCUGCAGCAAAGGCUCGCACGAGUGCGGGAGGCCCUCUCGAGGCAGCCCCUUGCUGCAGCACCAACAACAGCAGCAGCAACAGCAGCAGCAGCACCCAAUUCAAGCACUUCUAUGUAUACAAACAGCACAACAGAUGCAGAAAUAGACCGAGAAGCAGAGAUAGAGACAAGGAGAGAGCUAUCGGUGCUGCUGAGGGGCAUGCCGCUGUUCUAUAGCCUUGAUGCUGAGAGCUUCAGGCUAAUACACAUAGGCACCCCUAUGCAGAUAUACCGCUGGGAGCACCGACAAAGAAGUGCAGCAACACAUAAGAAAGACCUUCGUUUGGAGCUGAGUGUUGCUGCUGAUGUUUCCUUCCUUGUUGCUUCCCUUCUUAACUGGCCAGGACCCCAGCAGCAGCAGCAGCAGCAACUGCAGCUGCAGCAGCAGCUGCUGCAGCAACACCUGCAGCAGCAGCAGCAAGAAGGGGAAGAAGAAGUUUCGCCCGAGAGAGGAACAGGCAGCACCUGCCUGACGCUGCCGGCAACGGGGGAGGGUCUGUCCCCUCCACCAUCUGAAGAAGUUUCUGCUUCUGGAGGGUUUGUUGCUGCUCCUGCUGCUGCUGCUGCAGCAACAGCAACACCCCUAUCAACAGGAACGCCAGCAGCAGGCCCUGCAGCAGCAGCAGCAGCAGCACAAUCAGGAGGAGCAGGAGCAGCAGCAGCAUCAGCAGCAGCAGCGGGAGCGAACAGCAGCUGGCUUUACUGCGGAGAGCAGCGGGAGUGUUUCCUGCUGCUGCAGCACCUCAGCAGCAGCACUUCUCUUGUUGAUUUGUCUGUUGCUGCCUGCCCGAAGGAUCUGGUGGCUAUCACAGCAGCUUCCCUUCUCACAGCUAAGGAAGCAGCAAUGCUGCUGCAGCAGCAGCAGCACAUGCAGCAGCAGCAGCAGCAGCAGCAAAUGCAGCAGCAACAGUGGCUGCAGAACAAGGAUGAAGAGGCUGGGGGCGGCCUUCGAGUUGGGGGUGUCCCCUUGCGAGUUAUUUCAGAAGACGCAAACAGCAGCAGCAGCAGCAGCAGCAGCAGCAGCUACCGCAAGAGCGUAGGAGGAGAUGGUGAAAGUUUAGCUUCAGUGAGGGUCUUCCGUUUGCUGCCACAGACACCAGAUGCGGAGCCUGAAGGACCCCACAGCUGCAGCAGCAACAGCAACAGCAGCAGCAGCAGAAGCAGCAGCAUUUCAAGUAGCUGCUGCAGUGUAGUGCCUCCAGGAAUGUUUGUUUGUCUGCGUCUCUUCGUGCGAGGAGCUCGCCCAGGGAUACACCGCGUUCGUUUCUGUCUAAGGGGACAGCCUCAGCAGCAGCAGCAGCUGCUGCUGCAGCAACAGCAACAGCAGCAGCAGCAGCAGCAGCAGCAGGGGUUGGGGCCCCUGCCUCCUCCCGUGUGGCGAGCCGUGGAGGCAGUGCUUACGGUGGCUCCCUCUCUGGAGCUGAAUGUACAGCCGCGUUUAUCUUUUCAAAGUCGCGAGAAAAUUUUAUUUAUUUGUUCUGUACGCAACACCUCGCAGCAGCCGAUGGUGCUGUGUGGCUUAGCAGCAGUUAGCUUGCAAGCCCUGCAGCAGCAGCAGCAGGAGCAACAGCAGCAACUGCUGUUGCUGCAGGAGGAGGACGUUGGGGAAAGGCGGCGGAGCAGAGAGCAGCAGGGGGAGAAGAAAGCAGCAGCAGCAGGAGCUGCUGCUGCUGCUGCUGCAAGCAGCAAGACCUUAAAAGACUGCGAGCUGCUGCAUGUAGGCCUUAUCAGCAGGGCACUAACAACAAAAGAAAAACCUUUACCUCCUUGGUUGCUGCAGCUGCUGCCUUAUCGCGAGUUGGCUGCAGCAGCACCCCACAGCUGUACAUACACCGCAAGCUGCGCAUACACCUCAAACUGCAUAUACACCCCAGAACGAACGCAGAGAACGCUGGGGCCAGGAGAAGAAGUGCUGCUGCUUUUCUCGCCUCAAGACCCGCAGCAACUGCAACAACUCCUCCAAACAAACGGCACUGGAAUGCAAGUGGCGUUACGCUGGGCGUUGGGCAGCAGCAGCAGCAACGGCCAGUCUUUUGCUGCUGCUGCUGCUGCUGCUGCUGCUGCUGCUUCUGCGGAGACGGUGGCUGUGCACGAGAUUGAGAUGGAGAGACAAACAAAUGCACAAAAGCAAAUAGCAGCAAGCAUUCAAGAAGAAAAAGAAAAAGAAGAUUGGGGCUGCAUGCGGACGGGGACAAUCCUUGCAAAGAAACCCAUAUCUCUCGCAGUACUCCCAGAAGGGAUUCCUCUUGAGCUUUCGGUCUCCGCUGUCGUUCCUGCUGCUGCUGCUGCUGCUGCUUCUCCCGCUGCAGGAGCAGCAGCAGGAGCAGCAGCUGCUGCUGCAGCUGCUGGUUGUAGUUCGCAUAUUGUUGAGUGGAGGGCCCACUGCAUUUAUAAAGUAUAUUUUACUGUUCGUAAUAUAUCGCCUUGUGUUUGUUUUAGCUUGCGGCUUAUUGCCAAGACUCCAGCAGCAGCAGCAGCAGCAACAGCAGCAGCAGCAACAGCAGCAGAAGAGGAGGAACAGCAGCAGCAGCAGCAAAUGCAAUACCAACACACCAAUCAAUACUCACCGCAAACUGCUGCUGUUGUUUUCCUCCCACCGCUGUGCACUCCCAAGGUUGUUACGCCCCUUGAACUGCAGCAGCAGCAGCUGCUGCAGCAGCAGCAGCAGCAGCAGAUAUUGCUAGAGGAUGUCUGCUUCAAUGAUGGAAUGGGGGCUCGCCUGAAGCAGCGACUCAUUCAGGUGCGUCUGGGCAGCAGCAGAGAGCUGUUAGAAAGAGGAGAGCGAGGAAAUAGAGAAGAAGAAGACGAAAAAUAUAGAGAGAGAGAAGAUCUUAAAAGGCUGCCAAGCGACAGCAGCAACACAGCAGCAGCAGCAGCAGCAGCAGCAGCAGCAAUGGAUGGGAGUCCCCUGCUCGCUUCUCCACAAACCGUUGGAAACCAUGACAACGAACCGCAGAAGCUGCAACAGCUGCAGCAGCAGCAGCAGCUAGCAGCAGGCGGAGUCGAGCUGGAUCCAGUGCUGGCGCAGCACAGCACCCUCUCUCCUCAACACACAGCAGCAGCAAUGCCAGCAGCAGCAGCAGCAGCAGCAGAUGGAUCGGCAGCAUCCCCGGGUUGGCGUGGAGCUGCUGCGGAGCCGUGGAGUACGAACUCUUCGCUGAUGCAUGCAGAGGGGCUUACAGGAGCAGCAGGAGCAGCAGCAGGAGAGGAAGCUGUGGCUGGUGCUGCUGCUGCUGUCCCUGGGGGUUGCUGCAUUUGGCUGGGGAAGGUGCAGCAAGAGCUGGGGUUGCUGCUGCCUGGCAGCAGCAAAACUGCGGAGUUCUGUGCUUUGUUUCCUUUACCAGGUAUUUAUGAUGUUAAUAAUAUUCAAGUCGAACUACAAGUAGUACCUCCACCAACAGCUGCUGCUGCUAGCAGCAGCAGCUGCAGAAGCAGGGUUGCAGACAGUGCAGUCGCAGAGGGGAGGCUGUUUGACGGCGCCCCAGCGGCAACAGCAGCAACAGCAGCAGCAGCAGCAGCAGCAGCAGCAAAGGGAUGGGGUGGUAUUGGGGUUGGGGAGAGAGCAGUUGUUUCUUUUCCCUUUUCUUUUAUUGUGCAUGCACUUCCUGGAGACUCCUCCAGGUGA